AUGGUCCGCCGCCUCCCGUGGACACAUCCACACCUCAAAGCCGGCCACGCCGCCGAAAGUAAAUCAACGACGCGGGCUACCGCUACCGUUACCGCUACUACUUCCAGCAAGAACGGCAUCGACACCGGAACCCGCGAUAUCAGCAGCUACUUUACCACAAAGAUGGUCUCCCGGACCCCGCGCAGCGGCGGCCGACGGCUCAUGUACAAUGGCGGCGGCGGCGGCAGCAGCAGGACGGCCUCCUACACCCCCGCCGGCGGCGACGGCGGAGGCGGCCGGACAUCCUCGCCCUCGCCCCCUCCCUCGCAGAAGAAGCGCCUCGACGGGCUGUUCCUCGAGGGGAACUGGUACUGUAACUGCCAGCCGCGGCAGUUUGCAAAAUUCCUCCAGGUCAGCAAGAAGACCGCCAACAGGGGACGGUGGUUCUACACGUGUGAAAAGAGGCGGGGCGGUUGCAAUUUCUUCCUCUGGGCGGAGGACGCGGAGAACAGAGCAGAAGGUGCCACGAUGACGUUGCCGCCCAUGCCCCAGGGCGACGGCGCCGCCGCCGCCGCCGCCGCUACGCCUAGGCGGACGACUUCCCUGGCUCAGGCUCCGACGCCGAGUACAGCUUCCACCAUCAAGCCUGCUGCGAGGGCCACGGCCCCGGCUCACUCGGCCGCAAUAGAGCCGCCUCCGUCGCCCACGGCGCAGAGGAGCGCCGCCAAGCAGAAAUUCAUGGACACCUACUUCAAGAACCGACCCAUUCAGGUACCGGAGGAGGAACCCAACGAGCUGAUGGUCACGGACGAGGAGGCUGAGACUACCACCACGCCUGCACCGAGGAAGAGGAAGAGGGUCCUCUUCGAUUUCGACUCUGACGAGGGAGGGGGAGAGGGAGAGGACAAUUACGGUCUGGACGACGUCUCGUCGGGGGAGGAAAGGGCUAUGACCGAGGCCAUGGAGCGCAGCGCCAAGAAGCUUCGCGUCGAGGGGCCUCCUACUACCCCGGCGGCGCAGCGUACGCUAAAGGAGAGCGCGCUGCCUACGCCGCAGACCGUCACCCGGACGCUCUUCCCGGACGCUAAACGCCGCGGUACCGGCGUCGGUGACGUAUCUCCCGGCAAUGUUUCCUUCUCGACAAGCACCGCGUCGUCAGCGACGAUCGGCCACCCAGCGGCGGUCCCCAACUCUUCGCCACCAACGUCGACGCCUCAGGAGGAGCAGCUCGAUCCCACGGAGGAAGUCAUGGCCUUACUCAGGGGUCAGCAAAAGGGCGGCAGCGGCGGCGUUGGCGGCGGUAUCAUGGACGAGUCUACUGCGCGCGCCGUUAGGGAGUUGCUGGGCCGGUUUUCGAUGAAGGCCAAAGGAUUGGCACGGGGUCGGGACACGGUUCGGACGGCGCUUAGGGCGAAGGACGAAAAGAUUGCGGAGCUGCAGGAGAGGGUGGCGAGCCUGGAGGCCAGGGCGAGGACGCAGAGGGAGCAGAUUGCGGAUUUCAAGGCCGGCAUGAUGGAUUUGUACUCGAAGCAUUGA